UCUCUCUCUCUCUCUCUCUCUCUCUGACCAACACCCAGUGCUGUCUGUACAAGAAGCCCUUCCCUGUAAACCAGAUUGCAUUUGUGUAGACUGCCCAGAGUCCACAAACAACACCCAGCAACUGUACUGCCAAGGAGCGGAGGCCAGUUUGAACACAUCCCCAGUCCUGUGUGCUCAGACAUGUCGCUGUACAGCUUCGGCUUGGAUCCUGUAUCCUGUCAUGCCUGGAACAAAGAUCGGACUCAAAUUGCAAUCAGCCCAAACACUACUGAGGUCCAUAUUUACCAGAAGAGUGGGAAAGAAUGGACCAAGAUUCAUGAACUGACACAACACAGUGGACGCAUUACAGGUAUUGACUGGGCCCCGAUCUCGAACCGCAUUGUGACGUGUGCAUCAGACAGAAACGCCUAUGUGUGGACCCUGAAGGACAAGGUGUGGAAGCCCACCCUGGUCCUGCUGAGGAUCAACCGUGCUGCCACCUGCGUCAAAUGGUCACCCCUGGAGAACAAGUUCGCUCUGGGCAGCGGGGCUAGGAUCAUCUCCGUGUGCUAUUUUGAGAAGGAGAAUGACUGGUGGCUGAGCAAGCACAUUAAGAAGCCAAUCCGCUCGACUGUGCUGAGUCUGGACUGGCACCCGAAUAACAUUCUCCUAGCUGCCGGGAGUUCGGAUUUCCAGUGCAGAGUAUUCUCAGGCUACAUCAAGGAUAUCGAGGAGAAGCCUGGGCCCACAGCCUGGGGCUCCAAGAUGCCAUUCGGGGAGAUGCUGCUGGAGCAGGGGGAUGAUGGAGGCUGGGUCCACAGCGUCUGCUUCUCCCCAUCUGGAAACAGCCUGGCCUGGGUCAGUCACAGUAGCACUAUCUGCGUCACUGAUGCUGCCAAUAAAAAAACUGUGACCCAGCUGAAGACUGAGUAUCUCCCUCUGCUUGCUGUGCUGUAUCUCAACGAGACGGAAAUUGUGGCUGCGGGCCACGACUGCUGUCCCUACCAGUUCUCGUACACGGGCCCAGGCUCCCUCAAGUACAUCGGCAAAAUCGACCUUCCCAAGCAGAACUCCAAAGUGAGCAUGUCAGCCAUGCAGCACUUCCGCAAUCUGGACAAGAGGGCAACAACAGAGAAUGAAAACACAGACCUGGAGACUCUGCAUCAGAACAGCAUCAGUCAGCUGUGCAUUGUUGAAGGGGAUCGAUCGAAGGUGACCAAGUUUAGCAGUGUUGGACUAGAUGGAGACAUGGUCGUCUGGGAUUUCAAGCAUUAAACGCAAAAAACGCAAGACUUGAACCUUCAGAAAGGAUUGGUUUACUCUUUCGUGUUGAAUUCUUCCUGAAUGUGCUACAGAGAUGUAUUACAAAUGCCUUUUUUAAAUUGUAUUUUUUUAACUGUGAUAUCCAUUUACACUAUUCAAAGAGUCUGUUGUUUGUUUGUUUGUUUAAGCCAGGCAAUUACAAAGCCACAACACGGGUUGUAUCUUUUGCCCCAUAAGUGAAAAACAGCAAGUUACCACCCACAGAAGCCACAAUGUAUGUGUACAUGUACUGUAUUGCAUUAAAGACUGAAUAAUGUUACUGCAUUAUCGUUAUCAACAUCUGAACUGCAAACUUUCUAAUCGUUGUUCUAAAAAACAAAUUGAGAAAUGACUGCUGCCUCUUUCUUUGUUUCUAGUGUAAGUGUUUAAAGGUAGAUUCAAAGCAUUUUUAAAUUUAAAACUAGAUACAGUUCAGUUAUUCCUGGUGUGCUAUUUUACAUCUGCACUUACUUAAAAAUAGGGCUGUACUGCAAAAUUAUAAAAUGUGAUUUUAA